GCAUUUUAAUCAGAUUGAUGAAUCACAUCAAUUAAUUAGGUCCUUUUUUACCUCCUUAUAAUUUGAUAUAUUCUUACAGGAAUCCGUACCUACCUUACUAUUAUCAUGAUGAGAUGAAGGAAUUAAAUUAAUAAAAUACAUAUCGAUCAGAAGUGCUUAAAUGGUAUUAUAAUAAGCCUAAAGUAUAGGUUUUCUAGGCUUGAUAUUAAUGAAUAGUAUCAGAUAUUUAAGAUAAAGGGUUAAAUGUGUACAAUUCCAAUUCUUUAGAUGUACAUUUAUGAUAGACUUUUCGUUCCUUCCCAUUAUGGAAUAAAAUAUAAAUAGUAAAUGAUUUAUAUUAACUAGAUUAAAUUUAAAAGAACGGUUUGAUGACUAGUUUAGUAUGAAAUCAAUAUAACUUCAUUCAAGAGCAGAGGUAAAAAUUAUAUUAAAUCAAGGAAUUCUAUGAAUUGCUCCAUAUCAUAGAUGAAGAAUAAUUUAUGGAUACAAUCAUUUUAGUUGAUGGUGCAUUAGAUAAAUAAGGAAAGUUUAUUGAACUCCUUUAGAACAUUUCAAAUUAUUAAUUUCUUUCAAAACCACUAAAAGUUACUAAUGAAAAAGUUGAAGAUCCUGAAUGGUUUUCUUAGAAAUAUUACCGCAGUUGCAUAGAAUGGAUUAUGAGAGAAUAUGAGAAGAAUAUAGCUUUUUAUUUUGCUAUUUCACAUGAUAAAAAAAAGAAAAUCAAAAAUCAUAAUUAAACCACAAUUAAAAAUAAUAAUAUUGAACUCUAAAAAUAUUUUUAAUUAAAUAUAGCUCACAAUAAAGAAAAAGUAUAAAAUCAUAAUAUUCUUAUCUAGUUAAUCAAGUAUUAUGGAUAAAUAACAAAUGAAAUAUCAAAAAAACCUAAUAAUAUUGAAAAUAUAUUUUACUCUAAUAUAUUUUAAAGUCCUGCAAUUACAACUUAUAAAUCUUAGUCAGAAAUAUAAACAUCUUUUAUUUAAAAGUGUAACACUGAUUAAAAUAUAAUAAAUUCUAUGUUAAUAAUCAAGAUGAGUGAAUUAAUUGAAUAGAAAACAUAUUAUCUCAAAAAGUUUUAUCCUUUACUCUUGAAUCUAUAUCAAGAACAUUUAGAAUAAGAAUUAUUCAGUUGUGAAUCUCAAUAUAAAUCUAAAAGUUCAAAAAAGAAAAAGAAAAAAAAGUAAUCAGAAAACAUAUAAAAUGAACUUAAUGGAAAUGACUCCUCAAUAUAAAAUAAUAUUCUUAAUGAAUUGACUUUCAAGUAAAUCUAUAUUAAAAUUUAGUGAGAACUUAACAAAGGAAUCAUAAAAAAAGGAAGAAGCAUUAAUAGAAUCAUUUGAGAUGUAAGAAAUCAGUAAAACUAUAACAGUUUAAGAAUUAUAAGUAGAAAAUUUAUUUGAAUCUUAUAAGCAAUCUAAAUUUUAAGAAGAAGAAUAAUGGAUGUAUAUUUCUUAAGAAGUUGUAAAAUUAGCAAUCUUAUAAUCUUAUUCUUGUUUAAAUCUAGAAUUAGAAUUUGAAGUUGAAUAGAGAAACUAAUAAAGCUAAAAAUAAACUAAUAAAAAGAAAAAGUAGAAAAACUAAGCUCAAAUAAAUAAUGAUAAAAGCAACAAAGAUUUAAUAGCUGAAAAUAUAAUAAAAGAAAAUGAUCAAAAAGAUAUUUAGGAACCCUAAUUAAUUGAGACAUCUUUUAAAAAAUAAGUCAUUGAUGGGGAAGGAUAAUUAAAUCAAUAAGAAAUAUAAAAAUAAUAUUUGAUUAAGACUUAAACAUAUUAAAAUGAGGAAGAUUUAAUUUAAAUUUGUAAUAGUUAAGAUGAACAUGAAUGUUUGGCAUUAUCUUAAUCAACUGAAUGUUCUGUUAAUUUAAAUAUAUAAUAGAAGAAUAAAUGCGAAAAAUCUAUGACAAUAAUUAUUGAAGAUGAUACAAAUUUAGGAAAAGAAAAAAUGUUUGAAUUUAUUACAUUAGAUAUUAUUAAUUUUACAGAUAUCAUUUUAAAAGAAUAUGAUGAUUUAUUACCAUUUAGAUAGUUAGUUUAUGAUAGAGUGAAAAUAGCAAUAUAGAGUUUAUUUUUUUUGCCUGAUGAUAAAAUUAAGUAAAAACUUCAAAUAAUUAUAUAAUUAAAGACUCUUUGGUUCUUGUGCAACAGGACUUGCAUUGAUAGAUUCCGAUAUUGAUAUUGGCAUUAGUUCCUUUGAAAAUUUUGACAAAUAAUCACUUCGAUAACCUUUUCAUUAACUAUAUAAUUCAUUUUUAUAAACUAAAUGGGUAACAAAAGCUAAGUAAAUUUAAAAUUUGAUGAUAGAUCUAUUUUUAACACUAUGGUACCAGUUAUUAAAUUAGAAAUAGAUCCUUUAAUAAAUUUUAGUGAAUUUGAUUCAAGAUAUUUAAAUUUAGAUGAUAAUCAUAUAAGGAUCUGGAAACAAAUAAAACAAAAACUAAAAUCAGGAAUAAAAGUAGAUAUUACUUUUAGUUUUCAUAAUAAUCAUUUAGGAUAUGAAUCUACAGAUAUGAUUAUGAAAUGGAUGUUAGAAUAUCCAAACAUUCAAUAAUUGGUAUUGAUUUUAAAAACCAUAAUUAAAAGAUUAGGAUAUUCAGAAUCUUAUAAAGGUAAAUAUAUAUUCAUUCAAUAUCAGGAGGAUUAUCUUCGUUUUCCUUAAUUAUAAUGGUUUAUAGUUAUUUAAGAGAAAAUAGAGUUAAAAAUGAUUAAUUAGGUCAUUAAUUUCUAGAUAUGAUAUAUUUCUUUUCUCAUGAAUUCGCUCCAGAUAUAUAUGGAAUAGGUUUGCCAAGUUUAGAUUAAUUUAUUAAACCUAAUCAACCUAGGUAUCUAAUAUAUAUUUAACUAUAGUUAUUUUUUCUAAUUAAAGGAUUAUUGUUUACCUCCAUUACCAAUAACUAUUUUCUCUCCUAUUAAUAAUAGAUUGAUUAGUGCUCAAUGUGUGCACAUUGAUAAACUCUUACUAUUUUUCAAAAAAAUAUAUGAUUAAUCAUAAUAAAAUUUAGAGUUUUUCAAUUCAUAUGUUACAUAUGGCAAGAAAAAGUAAUAGAGACUAAGUAGGGAAAUUAAAAACUUUAUUACUCAAAUCCUAAUUAUGAUUGAUUAAAUAAGAUGA